AUGGCAACGUAUUAUACGUUGAUGGCGGCUCGGCGUGCCGGUAAAGCUCUCAUUCGGAGUGCUGGAGUCAGGGAACCUCUGGAUUCUCUACGAUCAUGCACAACUGUCGCUCGCUGUUCUUUCUCAUUCAUCAGGAACCUCUUUGAAAGUGUUUCUUCAGUGGAUGAUAAGCCACUAGACAAAACUCCUGCAGCAGUGUCACUGUUUGACAAAGAAUCACUGCUGCACAACUUCCAAUCGCAACUAGACGCACUGUUAUCGCGCGAAGAUUCUGGAUUUGAUGAGUAUAUAAGGUUUCUACGCAAUGCGGAACACCCACCGGCGGAAACACCGCCUGAUCUCAAGGCACAUACCACUGACAAACUCGUAAGGUUACUGGAUGCCUUGACAUACAUAUCGCAUUUCAACCAUUCCGAUGACAUUCAAAGGCUGAUCGAUAAUGUUUCCUCGGUGCUCAUUCAGAGGCGGUUUCUACUCGGGUCUAAAUCGGAUAUUGCAAUAUUGACGCAGUGUGCUGCAUGUCUCUCGAGAAGCAGGAGUCCUUCACAACAAGUCCAGAAACUCAUUCUACAUGUAAAUAGCGAAUUUAGGAAAAGCGGAGAUGAGGCAAUUCGCAGCGGACAGUUAGUUAACAUUCUCAAUUCGUUGGCUCAUAUAACGCAUCCAUCGAUAAUUGAUUUCAUUGUUCACACGUGCACACGAAGUAUUACGCAACUGACGCCCGGAGAUUUGGAAGAGCUGCCAAGGCUGUUGAAUAAGUAUAAAGUCGAUAAUGAGCGUGUAAUGUUGGCUGUGUUUCAACACGUGGCGAAUAGUCCAAGCGCAGCGUUUAAAUCGCAACCUAACCAUUUACGGCGUUUCUUGAAAAACGUUGCCUCCUUUGCAUACCUGGAGAAUGACGAUGGGAUAGUGACGGAUAAGGCCCACAGACGUUUUAAGGAGUUGUUGUCAUCCCGAGUUGCAGUAUAUGACAAUAAUGAGCUCUUUUUUAUAUUAGCUGGUAUACCCGACUGCGAAGGUCUACCUCCAGACUCCAAAGAGACCUACGCGACAAUUAUUAGGGAAAUACUUGAUAGACUUGGGAUAUUGUCGAAUGAUAAUCUGGCUACCAAUGAACGUAUCCAGGAAAUACUACGAACGUUGUCGCACUCGCAUUUGCUAACGUUAACUGAUACAGUUACAAGAAUAGACCUGUUUACAGAUGAAAUCCGAAAAGAAGCAGAUGCUUUGGCCGAUUACCUUAGUGGUUUAAGUGCCAAAAUAGAGGAUAAUGGCGCGUAUCGGAUGACUGGGAUGCUCCAAUAUUUGGCAUCUGAACUCUGUAGCAGGGCUGAUAUGUUCGUAUCACCGCCCAUCCUGAAAAUGACAAAUGAAGAACCAUUAUGUCACGUGUUGAGUCUGAGCGAUAUGAGCGUCAUAAUAUCCGUUUGCAACGUUGUAAUGCCGGAACAAGCAGUUGGCUAUGAUACACCUGAGAAGCUUUUAUUGAUCGCCGAAUCCAGAUUAAAGGGAACAAGGGUCGCAUCAGAAACGGAAUUAUAUAACCUUUUGAAUCAUUUACAAGGGACCAGUCCCACUAUACGUAAUAGACUUACGAAACACGCAUUAGCCAUACUCAUCGGCCAGUCUCGUGGCAGUCGGGAAUCCAUUGUAGCGACUAGACAUGCCAUGAAACUUUUACGAUCUAUGAUAGUUAAAGAGUCUGAUGUGUCACAAUUCGUGAAACACACCGGCAUCGACAGUACCGUAAUCAACGAAAUAUGCUCCUACGCCGUAUCGGAGACGCUAAAAUCGACCGCCAGCGGUAUCAUUGAUAGCAAAACAAAGUGUGAGGCAUUAUCUGAGAUAUAUGUGUGUCUCUUAACGGUUAAAAAUAGCGGUCUAGGUUGCGCAUCCACUGACGACCUCCUCUCCCGUGUAAAACUGCCGCUUCAAAAGGCACGUAAUGACAGCAAUGGCAUUUUCUCUAGACUAACGCUUAGAAACAUAAUGAGCUUGCCAGUAAAUGAUGAAAUACGGCGAGGUGUAGAGGCAGCCGUCACGUCCUGGUCGGAAUCGUUAUGCAAUAAUACUAGACAUGAGUGCGUCACAUUAUACGAUGCCGUUACCUAUUUAAUUGAAUUAUGCCACUCAUUGAUAGGCGAGAAAGAUAUGGUCAGCAGUCUGGACCAUGUAACCGUUAUUUCCGCAUCUGUCGUAAAGGAGCUAACGGCUUUCGAGAGUUUCGUUGAGACUAAAUUAUCUACUUACGCUGAUGCCGGUAAAGGGGCGAACCCAUCCAGCCAGAAUGCCUGGGACGCAUCUACAGGUCUGAGGGAGCUUUUUAAAGCUCCCCGCGAGCACAAAGAUAUAUAUGUAGCUAUACGUAAUAACGAUAUUAAAAGAUAUCUCCCAGUAAAAGCUUACAUGGGAAUUCAAGAACCUGGAAAUUGUACAACCAUGUUUGACGUAAAGAGGUCGAUGCAAAGCCUUCACAUGCGGUUGACCAGGUUAGAGCUGCUUUUAGAUAGAUUAAAUGAAGCUAAAAAUGCCGCUGGAGAGUCUAUUAUCGAACGGAUGCGUGUCGCUCUAAGCGAUGUUUCUUCAAGCGUCAACAGGUGUGUCAAUACUGUAUCAAUUUUUCAGCCGAUUUGGCCAGACACAUAUUUACCAAGGAAGCAUAAUAAAAAUCUUGUAAAUGCGGCCUUCAAAAGAUUAGAAAUAGGUGAAAGAGCACCUCAUCACGACAAGUGA